GCCGAGCGAAGACCUCCACCCUCCCACUCCACUCCCUGUCCCCGCCCCGUCACUCCGCCUUUGCCCUAUAAAGCGCCGGCCGCUCACCUACUCCCACCAUGGCAGAUUGCGACUUGACAGCCAAGCGGCAGAAAAUGGCGUCUGUGCUCGAUCAGCUGAAGGAGUUCACAGUGGUGGUAGCGGACACUGGGGAUUUCAACGCCAUUGAUGCGUACAAGCCUCAGGAUGCCACAACCAACCCCUCACUCAUACUUGCUGCUGCUCAAAUGCCAGCUUAUGAAAAGCUACUUGAUGAUGCUAUUGACUAUGCGAAGAGUUGUGGCGGAUCAGAGGCUGAUCAACUAUCCAAUGUCAUUGAUAAGCUGUUUGUCAAUUUUGGUGUCGAAAUUUUAAAGAAAAUUCCAGGCAGAGUUUCUACUGAAGUUGAUGCAAGGUUAUCAUUUGACAAAGAUGCCAUGAUCCAAAAGGCCCAACGCCUAAUUCAGAUGUACAAGGAUGCAGGAAUUAACAAGGACCGUAUUCUCAUCAAACUAACGUCCACUUGGGAAGGUAUCCAGGCUGGAAAGUUCCUUGAAGAACAGUGUGGAAUCCACUGCAACAUGACUCUGCUUUUUUCGUUUGCUCAGGCAGUUGCCUGUGCAGAGGCUGGGGCAACAUUGAUUUCUCCAUUUGUGGGUCGCAUUCUAGACUGGCAUGUGGCCAACACAGAUAAGAAAAGCUUUGAACCAUUCGCAGACCCAGGUGUGCAGAGUGUAACAAAGAUCUACAACUAUUAUAAGAAGUUUGGGUACAAGACUAUUGUCAUGGGAGCGUCUUUCCGUAAUACUGGUGAAAUCAAAGCAUUGGCUGGCUGUGACUAUCUCACAAUAUCUCCAAAAUUGCUGGAAGAGCUUAGCCAAGACAGCGAAACACUAACGCCUGCUUUGAGUCUUAACAAAGCCCAAGCACUUGACCUACAGAAAAUCGAAAUGAAUGAGCAGACCUUUCGGUGGCAUCACAAUGAGGACCAAAUGGCUGUUGAAAAAUUGUCUGAUGGGAUCCGCAAGUUUUCAGCUGAUGCUGUUAAAUUAGAAAACAUGCUAAAGGAACGGCUUUUUGCGGCCAAGAAUGGAUGCUAGGCGUCUCUUUACUUACACACUUCCCUAUUUUGAAUCACGUGGUUUGAUGGCUGAAAAUUUUAACUUUCACUUUGACCAACCAUGUAAAAACUACACCAUAGGUUGUAUCAUUGGUGUACCCAUUGUUGAGCAGUACUUAAUGUUGGCUUGUGCAGUCUAGUGCAAUUCUUUCUAAUAAAUGGAUAAAACUA